GAUUAACUGAAAACAAAACUCCCUUUGCUACAAAAUGAACACCGAGAAGACCCACACAACCACCACGACCACAAGUCAUCCCAUCGGCACCACGACCACAGGUUAUACCACCACAGGCCAUAAGGACGAAAGUGUGCUGGAAAAGGUUGGUGACAAGGCCAAGGAUAUGGCUCAUACUGCCAAGGAAAAGAUGGCCAAUGCUGCCGAUGCCGUCAAGGAAACCGCUUAUAACGCGAAGGAGAAGGUAAAAGACAUGGCCGGUAAUACCAAAGAAACAGGCAAAGAGUACAUGGACGCAACCAAUAGAAAGUGCAAUGAAUGCGCGGAUGAUGCUACCCAUAAGAUGCAUCAUGCCCAAAACCAAGCAGCUGAAAAACUGCACAGAGCCGGUGACAACCUUCAGGACCAUUAAGAAGGUGAUUACGACUCUCCGUAUAUACAUGGACAAUAUGCGAUUAUAACGAAUGUUCUUUCUUAUAAUAUGUUUAUUUGUGAA